ACUUGACAUACGAAAGAGCAUUUGGAAUAUCCUGAUAGUUAUUCUGAUAGUAUAACCUUGAAGAACCUUCAGUAGACAUCGGAUUUUCAGUCAGAAUUCGGCUAUCAUGGCUUUUUCUACUCUCAGACUAGCAUCUUCAAACCUUCUGCGGGCUUCGCUAAAUACGAAAACGCCAGCCAUAUAUAUGAGAAAAACAAUUUCAAUUUCAAGCGCUCUUCCUAAGAGAAUCAGGGGACCUGAAGAGGAAACCGAAAAAGUUAAGGAACUACAUCAUUGGAAGAAAGAGAGAUAUGUAAUGCUUGCUUUGCUCCCAACUAUACCGGCAGCUCUCAUUUACCCAAACGCAAUUUGCGAUUUUGCUUUGGUGACAGCUAUGGUUCUCCACUCCCACUGGCGUCUCUCUGGAGUGGCCGAGGAUUAUAUCCAUGGCUUUCCUGGAAAAAUUGCGCAGCCUUUGGUUUUGUUUUUAUCGAUAUGUGCAUUCGGAAGUUUAUGCUAUCUGAAUUACAAUGACGUCGGAUUCUCAAAUGCUGUUCGAAUGUUGUAUUCGCAAUUGUAA